ACUCCGUUAUGUUCAGAUGCUGUAUUGUGGCAGAAGAAGGCCACUCCUAUUGUGCGUACUUCCAACUCCAAAUCGUGAACGUCCAACUCCCCAUGGACUGGUUCAAAAAACACCGUCAGCGGCAUCCUGACCAGCAGCAUGAGGCUCCGCCAGGUGCUCCCCCUGGAUGGGCACCUGCAGUAGAGCAAUCAUGCACGUACGGUCUUCAGAACGAAGCUUCAGAUGAAAGUUACGAGAAAGCCCUGGAAUUCUGUGAGAGACAUCCUGUUGAAUCGUCAACAAUUCUACCCUCUUGGACCAUCGCGGACAUCGAUAGCAAUGGAUGCUCAGAAUGGCGAAUCCAAGUUCACGACUCUUCCCCUGUCGCCGUAGUCCAUAAUUCAGACGGGAAGGGCGGACUCUCGCAAAUACGUUCAAGGACAGGCUGCCCAGAUACAUGUCUCCUCAGCAACCUGCCAAUAGUCGCUGGUCAAUAUCACUUUCCCAACGAUGGUGGAGUGUACUUUGAGAUCACUGUAAACAAAAUGACAGACCCAAACAAAGGAGGCGUAAUCGCAAUUGGCACUGCUUGCAGACCGUACCCCUCGUGGAGGCUCCCUGGCUGGAAUCGAUUGAGUGCAGGGCUUCACCUCGACGACUUCCACAAAUUCUUUGAGGAUCCAGAGGGCGGACGCCCCUACUUCCCAGGCUCCCCACCCAUUACGUCUGUCGUUGGCCACACAAUCGGUUGCGGAUAUUCUUUCCACACAGGUACAAUGUUCUUCACAAUCGACGGUCAACGCCUGCCAGAUGCGUUUACCGGGGUAUAUUUGCAGAACCGCUGCGAGAUUGAUGUGUACGCCGCUGUGGGUGUGUCUGGGGAGUGUGACGUUUCUGUAAAUUUUGGUGGUAGCUCUUUCAAGUGGCUGGAAGGAAAUGAGUGGAGAUGGAGGGUUGAUAGGCAGGUGAGAAAGCUUGGAGAUGAUGUUGGAGAGCAGGAGGAACUGCCGGCGUACAGUGCACGCUAGUACAUUUCUUGGACUGUCAGCCUAGACAGAUAGACGAAACGGACUUGUGUUUAAAAGUGAUAGUACCAGAUUGAAACCCUAUCGGUUGUUGCAGUCA